AUGGUAUCUAUCCCGGCUGAUAUCCUGGCGGCUGACGCUGCUGGCCAGAUUCCAAGUGAAAUUAGCCUGGAGUACCUCGCUGAAACCUACGACAGGGAAGCUAUUAUAGGCAUUAUCGUGUUGGUGGUUGUCAGUUUCGUGGUGUUGAUUCUACGAUGCUUUGCUCGUGUCGUCCUGCUGAAGCGCACUGGAAUCGAUGACCUAUUGAUGGUAUUGGCGAUGCUGGUUUAUAUCCCCAUUGCUGCGCUGUGCAUUGUCCUGAUACACAUGGGCAGUGGUCGUCAUUUCGAGUAUAUCGAAUAUGUCCUCCCCAGAGAUACAGUGCGCAGGACAGAAGUGCUCGAUUUCGCCUGUCACAUUCUAUACGCCAACGCUCUUCUCUUUGCCCGGUUGUCCGGUCUCGCCUUCUAUCAUCGUGUGGCGGUCCUCAGCACCAAGCUCUACUAUGCCAUCAUCGCCGCCUUCGUAUUUCUCAUCGCCUGCUACCUCACGCAGCUCUUCCUGCUGAUCUUCCACUGUAUCCCCGUCACCGAUCUCUGGCCGUACGAAUGGCAAGACGAGUAUAACUCUCACAGAUGCCUUAGCUGGGGUCUCGUCUACUCAGUCAUCUCCGCGAUUUCCCUCGUCUGCGACUUCGUCAUGUUCACCAUCCCCACCAUCAUGAUCAAGGGCCUCCGGGUCUCCGCGCGCAAGAAGCUCCAGCUCUCCUGCCUUCUAUUCCCUGGCGUUCUAGUCGUCGCUAUCUCAACGACCCGCCUCUACCUAGUUGUCGUCGGCCAGUGGUCAGACGAUGGCUCCUGGGCUUACAAUGCCAUGCUUGCCGUCGAGAACGCCGAGAUUGCAGGAACCCUAAUCGCGCUCUCGGUGCCGGCGCUCAAACCGCUUUUCGUCAGCCUGUUCUCGCGUCUCGCUUGUCUUAAGGUGUUGGUCUGGAACCGCUUGUCUCAUGGUUCCCCCGGUGAGAAAUCUAAUCCGGAUGGCGGUGAUGAUUAUUGCAAGUCUACGCCGAAUGCUUCACGCUGUCUGUUGGAUGCCGGGGGGGCUACAGUCUGA